CUCCUCCUCCUCCAUCAGCGGCUCAUUCUGCUCCACCACUCCGUCUCCUCCACCAACACCGGCCGGCCGACACUACAGCGCGCAUCUCAUCCUCUUCAUCUUUACUUUCAGAGCAGGACUUUGUAGGCGACUUUUCUCCCCAGAAUGUUUUGGACGCCGAUUCAGUGAAGGUUUGAGAUUCAAAGAGCGCACAGUUGGUCUCUGCGCCUGAAGUGAUGCCGGUGGAAACAUUUGGACAAUGAUCGCAAUCAGCGGUGGGAUUUAUCUUGUAUCUGUUCAGCCUGACAAGAAAAACUGAGGAAUCUGGAAGAGAACCCCUCCCGAGGCAACAGAGUUUAAGUGGGUUUAUGUCUUGGGUUCAAUCCUUGUAUUAAUUCAAGCUCUUAGGUUCAGAUUUCGGAGUGCAUUUUCGUUAAGAAGUCCAGCCCUCCUCGGACACUGUAGGUUAGGGUCAGGGUUAGUAAAGGUUGGGAAGGGCACCCAGCUGUGAGCACUAGUGUUUAAAUGUUUGGGAUUCAGGAGCACCUGAUUCGAGAAAUUGGCGGAUUAAAAGACCGAAGCCUCGCGGAGGAGAUGGACCCGAUGCGCUCCUGGGUCAGGAACGUCGGGGUCGUGGACGCCAACGCAGCGGCGCAAAGCGGUGUGGCGUUGUCCAGAGCCCACUUCGAGAAGCAGCCUCCCUCCAACCUGCGCAAGUCCAACUUCUUCCACUUCGUGCUGGCGCUGUACGACCGCCACGGGCAGCCGGUGGAGGUGGAGCGCACCGCCUUCGUAGACUUCGUGGAGCACGAAAAGGAGCAGAGUGGUGAAAAGACAAACAACGGAACACACUACAAGCUGCAGCUCCUCUACAGCAACGGCGUCCGGACGGAACAGGACCUUUACGCCCGUCUCAUCGACUCCGUCACCAAACAGCCCAUCACCUACGAAGGUCAGAACAAAAACCCGGAGAUGUGCAGAGUUCUGCUGACACACGAGGUGAUGUGCAGGUGAGUCCCCACACACAAAC